AUGUCAUCCACAUGGCUGCACGCGCUGCGGACGUACGCGAAGCGCACCAACACGACGUCAGCCUCGCUUGUCGCUCGCCGUCACCUCUUCGACGAGCUAUGUGCUGCUCAUCUCUGCAGGCUGCCGAACGCGCAGCUGCAUCCCGAUGCUCUCGCCGUCCUCCGCGAGGCACGUUGGUCGCUGCUGCGCGAAGGCACCACCGCCGACAAAGCAGAGCUGCUGGAGCACAUCGUGCGGCAGUACUCGCAAGCAAGUGAGAAGGCCAUGUACGUGGCGCCCACGGCGUCUUGCAGCCCAGACGGCAUGAGCAGCUGCGCUGAAGCACACCGCAAGCAGUCGAUGAAGAAGAGCAGUCGCGCGCAAUUCGUGCAAAAUCGGUCGUCAGAGCAUUCAACCCGCAGCAGCAGUAGUCCCAGCAAUCUCCUCUCCGAUGUGCAGCUCAGCGAGAUGAGUAUACUGCAGCAGCUGCUGCUGGAGCAGGUGCAGUGCCUUGUUGAGGCCAAGGUAUCUGACAUUCCCUUGUCGGCGCGCCAUUACCGCUACCCGAUGCGCUCCCCGCUGCUCGCCACUGUAAGCCCGGAACUGCCGCUACUGCUGCUGGAGGAGCUCACACAGCAGAGCUCAGCAGUGUCGUCGACCAUAGACUGGGAAGCGCGCGUUGACUGCUGUGUUGGCCUCGUCGCGGCGGGUCACACGCAGGAGGCACUCGCUCUGUGUGGCGAUGAUGGUAGUGCAUUUCGUGCUGUGAUACACCGUGUGGCGCAGCUGCGUCGGGACGGGUGGCGGUGCGCGUGGGCACUGGCAGAUGCUGUCCCGCUGUCUCGCGUUCUUGACGACGCUGCGACCGCCUCUUUUGAGUGGCUGCGCGGGGUACUGGAGGCAAAUGACAUGCGCCACCGAGCGGUCGUCGGUGCGCGACAACCGGCCAGUGCCGAUGCCAAUCCCAAGCGGAAUGUUGUGUUCGAGUGGGUGGAUUGCCUGCGCCGCUUGAUCGUGUCGUCGAGCACGGUGCCCUUGACCAGCGCAGAGGGGCAACAGCAACAGCAGCGUGUGUCCGCUACGGCGCUGCGGCUCAUCAUGGACACUUAUCUGUCCGUCUGUCCAGCCAGCCGCUGGCGGGAUGCGGUCGGGGCGGUGCUGGAACUGGCUGGGGCAACUAGUGGAGCGCCUGCUGUAGCGCAAGCGGCCGCGGAGGGAAAGCGCUUUGCUGAUGCGGUGACAAUGGGGCGCCUCAUGUCGAUGCUUCAAGCGGCAGAGCAGCCAUGGAUGGUGCUGCUUUUCUUUUACGGCGACUCGCUGGCACUGCAGGUCGCGUCUUCGGGGUCGCGUACCGACAGCAGCACCAAGCGGCCUGAGAGCAAUGGUACCGCAAGGUGGCGAGUGAGCGACGAGUCGGUGCAGGCAAAGGCGGCGGAGUGCGUGCGAGCAGCGCGCGACGCCGACCGCCUCACAGUGGCGACGGGCACAAUGCUAAAGGAACGCGACAAGCACCACGCCGCUAUCUACAACCACGCCAUGGUCGCCCUCGCUGCCACGGGACACUACACGGAAGCCAUGCUCUUCUACCGUACGCUGCCGCGCCCGCUGGUCAAUUGCUACACGCAUUGGUCUGUGCUGCAGCUCUUCUUGCGGCCGACACACGACAGACACGCCGCGUCUGCGCUCCGCUCCUCUGACAACUACGAUCAGUGCACGCGCGCGCUCCGACACCUAAUUCGGAUGAACACGGCGGGGUCAGAGGCAGCGGAUGCGCCAACCGAGGUAAACGACAACCGUGACGGCGCGCAUCCGGCGAAGCCAAUCAGCUUCACACGCGAGCAAAGUGGUGUGUGGGAAUCCAUGACGCUGUGGGCCGCACUCCGGCGGGACGCCGAGACGGUCGACCUGUGCGCUAUGCACGCACCGGCCGCGUCUCGAUAUGCGCAUCCCAUUGCCCUGCUCUCGGCCGCGGCAUCGCGCAGCGACGGUUGGUCAUCCGCGCAGGCACAAGUCCGCCACAUGUGCCGCGCGCCACGCACCACGCUGAAGGAACUGAGCCUGGCAACGGCGGCCAUGGCUUCGUUUUUCCCACAUUGGCCGGACGACACUGCUGCAGCAGAACCGCCUGUGCGAGCGGAGCUGUUUGACGAGGUGGCAUGCUCGAUGGCUCGCCUCGUCGGUCGCAGCCAGUCUCGCAUGGACGAGAUGCUCCAGUUCCUUGUCGACUACUCUGUCAGUCUUCGACGGCGCCGCCGUACGCCCAUGACGCCGCAGGAGGAGGAAGCGGCACUUGACGACAUCCUUGUCAAGGAAAACGUCCUCGCGAGCACCAUUGACCUGGCCCGUCCGCGCCCCCCUGGCGCCGACAGGGGGCAUCAAAGCAGCGACAAGAGCGGGGCGGACGACCCCCGUGUGUGGCGCACGCUGGUGCGUGUCAUGGCGUCCGUUGCUGAGUUACAGGGCCUCUCCGCAGCGCGGGCCGCGCCGGCGCUCGUGUCGAUCGGCGUUCCCGCCGAAUUGGUAAUUGACCUGCUGCCCACGUAA